CCGCCUACGCGCCCGCUCAACUCUUCAGCCUACCCUACCUUUUUCCGCUCCCUGUUAUACGUGUUCCUAGGUAAUUUGGUUAUUUAAUCGGAUAUUUCUCAUUUUUUUUCUCUUUAUAAAGGAGCUAUCUAUUGCACCCUUAACUCGUUUGGCGAAAAUCUAAUCCAAUGUCUUCCCUCCGGAACGCCGUCCAGCGACGGCAACACCGUGAGCGAGCACAGCCCGUCGCACGCGAAAAAUGGGGGAUCCUCGAAAAGCACAAGGACUACUCCCUCCGUGCGGCCGAUUACAACCUCAAAAAGGCUAAACUCCAACGUCUGCGCGAAAAGGUGCGCGAUCGAAACCCCGAUGAAUUUGCUUUCGGAAUGGUGUCCGCGGGUUCGCGGACCCAAGGGCGUCAUGGUGCGAGAGAUGCCACGCAGUCUACGCUGAGUCUGGAGACAGUAAAGUUACUGAAGACGCAGGAUGCGGGUUACCUGCGGGUUGUGGGUGAAAAAGUGCGAAGGCAGAUGGAGCAGGUGGAGAAGGAGGUUAGAUUACAAAAUGGAGUGAAAGCAGCCCUGGGCAAGGGUAAACCCGGGGAUGGGCUAGAUGAUGAGGAUGAGGAUGAGGAUGGGGCCCUUGGUGGGAUUACUGCGAAAAAAACUGGGCGGAAGGUCGUUUUUGUAAAUUCUGUCGACGAGCAGAAGAAUUUCGUCGACGGGAUCAACGAAGACGAUGGGGACCAAAGCGAGGAUGAGACCGUGCAAAAGGAUCAGGCGACUGCGCAAAGAAAAUCCAAGAAGCAGCUCGAAGCGGAAGCACGGAUGCGACGGGAAAUUCAAGCUGCUAAAAAGCUGAAAAAACGAGCCGCUGAAUCAAGGUUGAGAAAGCUUGAAGCGUUGAAGAAGCAGUACCAGGAUAUUGUGGCUGCAGAGCAGGAGCUGGAUCUGCAACGAGCAAAGAUGGAAAAUUCAGUCGGUGGUGUGAACAAGUACGGCGUCAAGUGGAAGGUCAGAGAGCGCAAAAGAUAAUCUGCUUGUGCUCUGUCUUUGAUUUUAUGACACGAUGAUACCUCUUUGAUGUUUCCUUUUGGUUUUUCUAUGAUCUACUCCGCAUUCUUCGGCGUUAUAUAGACGCGGAUCUUUUCAGAUGUAUUGCAAUGAGGAGAUCUGAGCCAUGUUACUUUUAGAAACAAAACCGGACUACUCCGAAAUAUCGUCGAGGGACAAAGUACACACUACACGAUCAAGGUAGCCCUCCAGUGCAUAUAUAAAAGAUCUCAAAGGACGAGUAAUAAACUCUAGCCCUUAUUUUGCUUCAUCCAAUCGACACGGAUGCUGACGGCCCGGCGAUGGGCAUCGAGACCCUCCACAGAUGCAAGUUGCAUAACAGCCUGUGAAACAUUCCUUAGUCCUUCAGCCGUAAGGUUGGAGCUGGUGAUGUGUUUUACGAAGGAAGCAAGGUUAACGCCGGAGUAUUGCUUUGCAUAGCCAUAAGUUGCUAGAAGGGGAGGAUGUUAACCAGCAGCUAAGAUUCACAAAAACAGUAGUUA